AGCCCUCCCUGGACCUCUUUGAUCGAUUUUCACGUCUUCGGGGUCAAGCUGUUCAAGGAAGUAGCUCCAAAGACUCUGUCAGGUGUCUCCUUCCAAUGCACAUCUUGUCACCGUCGCAGUGGUGGGAAAGCAGGCGACAUCGAAUUUCCACACAACAAGCCGUCAGAUUGCAUGAAACUGUGAACCCAGAUAGAUGGUGCAUCACUUACUUUGACCUCAAGUUCUUCGAGUCUGAGGUCCAAAGAGCUAUUCAAGGUGGCCUAACUUUUCAGGAGAACUUUGACGUUUCGCUUGGGCCCAGUAUUUAUGCAGUCAAUGAAGAGUACAUCAAACCAGUCACCGCCGCUGCUGGCAAAAUGAGCUGGGCAUUGAUGAUGAAUCCGGAUGGACUUGACUGCGAUCUCUUCAUUACUCAUGCUUGGCAGGAAAGCGUUCUUGAAUUUACGCAAAAAGGUGACAUCUUGGCCUUGGAGUGCGCGUCAUGCUUGGUGCUGCAUGCUUGCAAAUCCCCAGAAUUUGAAUAUUUCCGCAAUGAUUCGGUGCCCCAUACAUAUUAUCGCCUUUUGCACUUGCCUUGAGGAGCUCCAAGUUUUUGUUGGUGGUGCCUAACCGGAACGCAAGUGUCUACACAAGGUUGUGGUGUGGAUACGAAGCAUACUUGGCGUUUCAAGUCGACAAACUUAUUCAGGCGGCAACGCCGGCAAAGCCUCCGAUUUGGCCCCAAGUGCUGCUGGCUUGGCUUCUGAUGUUUCCAGCGCUUCUGGUAGGUAGGUAUCAUUGUUGGUGUGAUUAUCUGAUUGUUAGAGUUGGGGAUUUCAAGACUGCCAUAUUGUUGACAAGGGUAACGAGAGCGUUAACGCUCCUGGCCAGCUUGCUGAGCCAAAACACUGGUCACAACCAAUUAACCAAUUAAUGGUUGAUUGUGAACCAUGUUGGCUGGCAGCUUGUCUUGCCUGCCUGAUUAGAUCCUUAAAUUCUUUUGUCAAGGUUGAACCUUUGCUUCCAGAAGACGAUAGGACAGUACAAUAUUCCUUGCGUAGCAUGCUGAUUUUCUAUUUCAUGCUUGCCGGAUUGGACCGGGUCAACUUGCACAUAGCAGCGCGAGAAGCGGAGCUGCUGGAAAACCAGUAUCAAGGGUCAAUUCGUCAGGCAUCCUGUUCCCAAAUCCAGGAUGAGAUGAACACUCGGAGUGAAAUCGGCAAUCAAGUCGACAAAGUUGACAAAGUAAUUGAAGUACUGUUGAAAGCUGGUAUGACAUCAGAUGCACUGCGAGAUGCACACAUGCACGGGGUCGUGCUCAGGCAUUCAGGAGUUGUCCAGUUGGCAAUCCCUCUCAUUGUGCUUGGCCCUUUCGUGAUUGAGAGUUUUUGAGCUUUGGCCAGGCACACUGUUGUGUUUUGUGCACCUGACAAUCGAGGGACUUGCAUCGACUGGUUCAACUUGUUUCUACAAGUAAUUUGUCUUAUUGCCAGGCUCAGCUUCUUGACUCUUCUUUGGAGACGCUCCGCUGAUGAAAGAUGUUUCAUGCUAAAUGCUAUGGCAAAAAUUGUUGCUCCAGUGUGGUUCUUUUGGAAUAUGUUGCCUGCUACGACCUCACACUUGAUUUUGGCAGUGGAGACUUCUUAUCACCUGUCCUACGUUGUUGUGUUUUUUUUGCUUGGUUGGGAAUCCGUGGAACUUUGAAGCUGCCUUUCGGCCCGUGGCUUGCCGAAAUCGUGUUGUCCAGGGUCAUCACAUGCCACGUCGAUAGCUAUCAAUACUCUAAGAUGGACUCCUCAUCGUCUGAUCUGAGGGUCAUGGAGCAGUUGUCGCCCGAUCCGUUUGAGCAGGAGGAGUUCCGUAGUGACGGCUCCGAAUGAUUUUGGGGCGGAUGCACUUUGUGUGGGCAAUCUCAUGGAAAAGCACAGUAUUGAACAAGUUGAUGUGUUCCUUUACAUAUAUUUGAGUUUGACCUGGUCUAGUUGUUCGGGUGUCUCCAUCAGCCGGACUUAUGUUCUUGGUCAAUCAACCCCUUUGACCAUCGCUGCUCAGUGGGGAGAGCCUUAAAAGUGGGUAUUUGUGUCACGGUGCAGGAGGAUAAUCUUUCACAAUCCCCCCAGAAAAAGCCAACACACAUGAAAAGAGGGCUUAGUAGACAAUGGCCCAAAUGCCCCAGACAAGAGAUUGGAAUUGAUUCUGCCGAGCAGUCUUGAAUGAUGAUGUGGCGCUGUGCUUAUAUAACAUUGAACAUUAAGGCGGUAAGCUAACACAGGACGUAGUACGCUGACUGGCGCCAGUACUUGUAAAACGCUGCCGAAAAGAAUCAACACACACACACCGAUGCAUGAAGGGUUAAGCAAUUUUGCACAUUGAUUUUGAGGGUUGCUCAAGUCUUCUGAGGCCGAACUUGUUGGCGCCCAAAGGCUUGGCGCCUCCCAAGGGCAUCGCCCAACCUGAGCCGUUGCGGACCUACCUGGAACCGCCUGUGAUCGAGCCCAUGAUGGGAGGACACAGUGCAGGUGACCCGCUCUGUGCAACUCUUGGAAGCUCCGAGGCGUUGCCUUGUGGCUUUGGCCCGUCUCCCGGAAGUGGCGGGGCCAUGCCUCUGAGCAUGCCAGAGCCCGUGACCAGCCUCAAGCAUCUAGCAGGCAUCAGUGCAAAGCAGGACCAAGAGAUCCUUCACACCCUUCAGUCCAGUGGCUUGGCGCUGAAUUUGAAGAGCCUGGAUGAGCCGGAAGCGGAUAUCAACCAGAUGCUGUCGAUAGCCACACAGGGCAGUGCGCAUGAGUCCAAGACCUCGUCGGCGAUGCCGGAGCCAGCAACAGCUUCCAAAGUGCGGCUGAAAAGCGGCUCCAUGGUCGAGGCGGAGGAAUAUGUUCGAGGCUACCGUCCCCAGAGCCACGCCCACAGCAUCCAGUAUCCAAGUGGAGUGCGGGUGGAUUUUCGGGAGUUGGCGCCAGUGAUGCGGGUGGUGGCCAUCGCCAACUCCCAGUCGCUGCUGCGCAUCCAGCAGGCCAUCGACAGUGGCAUGCACGUUCGAACCGCCUUGCACGCCUUCAGGGAGUGUGACCGGGAUGGCUGUGGCUUCCUGACCUGGAGCAAUGGCCAGAUCCGAGAUUUUGUGAUGACGGUCUUCAUCCAAUUGGGCCUAGUGCCCCCCGCCGAGAUGCAGACUUACGCAGCCCACACACUCUUCGACAUGAACAGGACCAUGUGCCUGUCGGCGUGCGAUUGCCUCUGCUUGGUGGAUGCCUUGCUCCGCGCCAUUUUCCUGGUGGAUGGGCAAGAGCAGGCCAGCCGCCGGCCUGUCUCGUCCUUUUCCUCCAGCCUCAGCUCUCCAGUGGCUGAGGAGCUGAAGCAGGCACAGGCGGAGACAGAGAGGCUGAGGCAAGAGCUUGAGGAGUUGAAGGCGGCUGAAGCUGCAGCAGCUGAAGAUGAACACCUUGGGAGGUUGGGGCGGCAAUCGCCUGCAAAAGCGAGCCAAGGCGCUCCGCUGCCACUCCGGGGGCCGCCGGCUCCAGCGCGCCAAGUCCGUGCCCAGCGGCUGCCAAGCCCCCACGAGGUGCUCUCGUUAUGGCUGCAUUGGCUGGAGAGGCUUUGGCGGAAGGGCACCAGGAACGCGGGCCAGCGCAGCGCAGUGGCCUUGAGGAGUAUGACCGCACGGUGCAUGAGCUGAUGUCUCGGGUGCUUGGCCGUUCGGAGGAUCUGGGUUCUCCAGGACGAAGCGUCCUGGAGCCCGUGACUCUGCAUUGAGGGACGCAUUGCGUUCCUCGCCCAUCCAGUCGCCUGCGGUGGCUGCGGCCGCAAGGCCCAGGAACGAUCAGAAACGAAGGGAAUCGAUCUCGGAGAUUUGGCACAGGAUGUUUGAGUCUGAAUUAAGACUGGAUGCCAACACGGUAUGCAGCCUGACGCUUCUGAAAGUGAGG